AUUUUAUGAAAAAUGUAAUUUGGUAUAUACAUGUGUAAGUAGACAGGUGAUUGGUCUAUGAUCUUAUAUAUACUGGAUAUAUAGCAUCAUACAGUCUCAAUGAAAGCAGUCACACCGAAUAUAUAUGCAGUGCACGCAGAGAACUGUAUAGUAUAUAAAAGGUUGAACUGACUGAGCAGGGACUUAGCAGAUUAUAGGAUUUCCAAGAUUAAAUCACCUUAUCCUAUAAUAUAUAUGCAGUGUAUGUAGAUUGAUGGAUAGUUGGAUACAAUAUACAUACUAGUUUAUAGUCUUAGAGUUAACAUGCACAUUUAGGAACACUCUAAAUUAGGAACACUGGGAUUUGCACUGAAUACUGGACACAACUAAAAAAGUAGGGCCUGCAUUUUCUCCAAGAUUAUUGUAUAGCACUGGGACUGGGAGGUAUGUGUAACAUACAGUAGAAAUACAUCCAGGCUGAAGCAUCAUGUACAUUUAACUUUGCAAACCCAAAUGAACUUUAUAAUCUGGAUUUAUAGUAGCUGAGUGAAGCAGUAGGAAGUUAUACCAUAGUCAAAAUAAUCACAAAUUGUCCAUUAUUGCGGAUUCAAACCAGGGUAUAUUAUGUGGAAUAGAUAUCUCCUGUGGAUUGUAUGAGAUUUGAUAUGCCCUAGGAAUACAGGUGUAGAAACAGGGAUGAGUGUAUCUAGAUCUAGUUUAUAAUGCAUAGUUCUGCUUAGCCAGUUUCACCAAGCGGGAAUAGGAUUAUCUCCAUGUUAUGGAUUAACUGUUGAAAGUGAAUGUGUUGCAGGAUAAAUGUUUCUACUGCAGGGACAGCUAUGGAUAAAAAGAUGGGAAGGAUGAAAUUGUGGUUACCAUGGUUACUGUUGCUGCAACUGCUGACAACUGCUGAGUCAAAAGGAUCAGGUGAUGACCCCCCAAGUCCAGGAGGAGCCAUUCUACCCCCUUUGAUAUACGACAAUGUCCCAAAAAACUGCUGGAAUUUUACAUAUGGCAAUCCUAAAAGUCGUGUCUUCUACAGUCCUGGGUAUCCUAAGGAUUAUCCCAAUAACACAGAAUGUAUGCAGGUUUUAAUCGCUCCCAAAGGCUAUGUUGUCCAGCUGGACUUUCGUGAUAAAUUCCAUAUUGAGUCUCCAGAAAACUCUCAGGAUUGUGACUACGACUACUUGGAGAUCAGGGAUGGCCCAUAUGGUUACUCAAAUCUUAAAGGUGUGUACUGUGGUCGGACACAUCCUCCACUGUUGACGUCAACAUCCCGCUAUCUCUGGAUACAAUUUAUGUCAGAUGCUACCAUAGAAUAUAGUGGCUUUAAAGCGGUAUAUGACUUUGUGCGAGACCCCAAUGUUGAAGGUGCUGUGAAGGACAUGUCUUUGAACUUUACAAUAAUAGAUGAUUCAGUUUGCCGCAUUGAAAUCAACACAGCUAGGUUCUCUGAUGGCUUUGUAUCAAAUGAUGACAUUUCUAAUGUAAUCAGGAAAAAGACUGACAAUUUUUACACCCCCCUGGACUGUACAUGGGAGUUCCAUGUUGCCCCAGGGAAUAAAGUGCAUCUAGACUUUGUCGAGUACAAAUCCAGUGCGGGCAUUUGUGGGGACAGUUACUUGGCAGUAUAUGACAGUUCCACCUCUGAGAGCCACAAAGGGGAGUCCAUAUGUGGGGGACAGCCUAAGCCUUUUAAAUCACGCAGCAAUGUGGUGUAUCUCCGCAUGUUUGCCAAGAAUAAGCUUAUUGAGCCAACGUUUAAGGUUCUAUAUUCAACAUUUAGUUAUGCACCUUGCAAAGAAGACCAGUUCCUCUGCGGAGUGAAUGUGUGUUUCAAUAAUAGCCUCAAGUGUAAUGAUCGCCUCAACUGUCCUGAUCCUGACACACUGGAGGAGACUGCCUGCAUGAGGGCCACAGAUGAGCCUAGUACUGCUGGUAUAGCAGUAGAAUAUCAUGCUGUAAUCCUGGGCUGUGUUGGUGGUGCCCUCUUUACAAUAGUUCUUGUGGCUCUUAUCGUGACGUGCCAUCAACGAAGCAGAGACCGAGAGCGUAAACGGAGAUUACAUAUCAAUGAACUUCGUAACCAAUUAGAGAUGGAUGCCUUGCUGAAUCAGUCACCUCAGUUACCAAUGGGGAAUAACAUCGGAAACCAUGUUGGUAAUAGGCCAAAUGGUCGCCAUAGUGUCAAAAGUGAUAUUGAAGAGAGGGAGGUUGGUUACCAUGGGAACCAUAGUAACCAUAAAACAAAGACUGAUAUUGAGGCUACAGUGCUUUAUGAUUAUCCAUUGGCUGCUUCCACUCCAGGACCAUCUGUCUCUGGGGCUGCAGCAGUGCAUUACCCUGGUUACGAGGGCUCAUUGAAGCGUAACCAUGGUAAUGAAUCAUCCCUCAAACGUAACCAGGGUACAAAAGGAAAGGGAAUCUUAAGAACUUCAAAAACAGAAGGAGAUAUACAUGGUAGUAAAUCUAAUCCCAGUAUUCAUAACCCAAGUGCCCCAAACACCCCAAAGGGUAAGCGUACCAAGAAGGGCACACCUAAACUGGACAGGUCCAUGAGUGAAGAUGCAGCAAAACGUCUUAGUUACCAUGACAACCAGGAAAAUGGUGUUGCUCAAGUUUCCCCAGAGCGUGAAAACCAUCGCCAUUCACAAAGCUUUACUGUGCAUGAUUUCAAUGAUCCUCAUGAUAUUAUUAAAGGAUAUGAGACAAAGUGCAUAGGACAUGACAACGACAGUGAUGAUAUAGGAAUUAGUGGAAUUGCAUCUGCUAGUAAACCCUUAAGCUCAACACUACCCAGGUCUAAUUCUAAGCCAAUAACACCCAAAGCAGGCACACCUAAAAGCAACAGGGCGACUCCAUCAAGAGAGGAGAGCUAUAAGCAGAAAGGGAAUAAACCCAAACCUGUUAAUUGCCCAGUUGCCCCCGAACUCAUCACUAGACUUCCUCAAGUAAACAAUCAGAAUAGCAAAGGCAAAUAUAAUGCAGAUCCAAGCAACACUAUAAUUCCUAACUCGGAUUAUAAACCAACUAGUAAUCUCAGUAAUCAUACCAUAGGUAACUCUGGACGAUCAGCUCGAGAGAAAAGUCCCAGUCCUCGGCCUGAUAUCGUCCUCGCAGACCAUUUCACACUAGCUUCGCCUAAAAUGGGACACAAUAAACCUAAGCCCAAACCUGUGGCGCCCCCUAGAUCCCCAGAGAUUAGAAUAACAAGAGCGCCACCUACUAGGUAUAUGGAUGAACAGGUUUGAUGUUGGCCUCUAUUAUGCAAUUUAACUCAAAUGCACCAAAUGUUAUAAUACCGUGAUAUUCAGGAUAAAAUGGGUCCUCAAAGAAUAAAGUCAAAAAUAAUAUUUAGUGGGGUACAUGUGGAUGUCAUGCCUAUUUAACUGGUAAUUUUAGUUUAGAGGUACAUGUACAGUAAAAUCUGUCUAAUCUGAAUGAAAGCUGGGAUCUGUCAAAAGUGUAUGGAUUAACAGGUG